AUGACUGGUGGUACCCUUGCCAAGCCUGAGCCCAUGGGCCACGCUCGGAACGACCCUGGCACCAACUCCGAGGGAUAUGAGGAUUUCCUCAUUGAGGACGAUGUCAAUCUGAAGCGUCCUUUGAAGGAGAAGAAGGAUGAAGACCUUGAUGAUUGGGAGAUCGUCAGCCCCAAGGUGAAGACCAAGUACUACACGGCCAACUAUGUCCAGAACAAGAUGCGCAAGGUUGUCGCUGAGGUUGAGGACCAGUAUGAGGACAGGUUCGAGGCGAUGGAGAAGCAACAGGAGGCUCUCCUCAUGCUGAUCGACCGGAAGGGGGAGAUCGAGGAGUCCCUGCGCCAGGAUCUCGCCCAGAGGACCCUGGAGAACCAGCGUCUCAAGGCCCGCAUCGCUCACAUGGAGGCUGGUGAAGUCUUCACCGAGAAGCUCAAAGACAUCUCUCUUGGUGAGGUCGACGACUAG